AAAAAUGGCUUCCAACGAGACUACUAUACCGGAGACAAUCGCAUAAUCAUGUGUUGUGAACGAGAAAAACACAAAAAAAUGACUUGAAGUGUGGCACAAAUAUAACUUAAACCCUUUAUCUUUAAGAUAUGGGUUCUCACAUUAUAGAUAUCCUGCGUCAGGGGAUAUGGGCAUCAUUGAGCGGAGGCUGGUUCUACGACCCCCAUCAAAACAUCUUCUCGAACACCUUCCAUCUGUAUCUAUGGGUGGCUCUGCUCGUUGCCCCCCUGAUCCUCCACCUUACCCUUGUCUCAUCUGUGCUACUAUGGGGGCUGUACUGCCUUGUGGUGGGACUGGUGUUUGCCAUCCUCAAGUGUGUAAACUACCGCCUCCAUCACAUGUACGACACCACAGAGCUGACAGAGGGGAAAGACGAGGCAGACAAAAAGGACAACAGUGAUAAGGACAGCAAGACCAUUGAACUAGGUAAAUCGAGUGGGCGAGGUAGGGAUGAUAUAGAGCUACGUCCCAUUGGUCGCCCACUGUCUGUACAGCCUGGAACUAGUCACCAUGAUGAGGAGAACAACAACAGAGGCGUGGCGACAGUGGAACGUGACCUAAAACGGAGGCGGUCCGACAGAUCUGAAAAGAGGAAGAACGAUGGGCAGGCUCCCCUGGCUGAGCUGGAAGCUGAUGGGAUGGAUACUCAGACAGAGACAGGUCAAAAGGAAAAGAAGACAAAAUCUAAACUGGAGGUGCAGGAACUCACUAAUGUAAAAGGUGCUGAAGGAGAUGGUGAAAAAAAUUCAAGCCUACCUGUUCAGAACACCACAAACUCUGCCAAUCAGAUAACAACAAAAGCGGAUGUAGAGGUGAAUCCCCAGGUAUCUGAUGGUGAGGUAGAGCAGGGUGAGAUAUUGGGACUUAAACUUCGUGAGGACACUGACUCUGACCUCUCACCUGAUGCUGGAUCAUGGAUACGAAGACGUCGCAAAGCUGUCAGAAGGACUAAAAGUUCUUUGGAGAACACCACCAGGCCGAUCCCUCAAAUACAUGAUCCCAGCAAUAAAGUCAAUAUUAGAUCAUCUCUUCCUCCUCAUCAAAGAUUUUCAAUGCAGACAGUGCAAGAGCAAGGACAUUCUGAGACCGGACUCAUUAGGCCUCAUAGUGAUCAAAACAUCCUGAAAAGAGUGCGACGGUCCAAAAGGCCAGGAGAUGGUUGUGCUGUGGUGGACGUUGAACAGUAUACAGGAGCUAAAAGGCCUACAUCUUCUGGCUCUUUAGAGUCGACAAUAUCUUUGGAAGCUGAAAUCAUGCUGAACCUCAUCGCAGGGAAACAGUCAGAAAAGACUGAACAAACAAACUGUGAGGUUGUGAAUGAAAAAGUAAGAGAAAAUCACAAUGGUGAUAUAAAUAGUGAUGAUACAAAAGACGGAGAUUCAGUGCCAUCUUCACCACAUAUUUCCAAAAGUACGGAGGUGCUUUCUAAUAGGAAACUAACAGAAACUGAAGUUAUUUCAAAUAGGAGGCCCCGUCCCAGUGCUGCCUCUGUUGACAGGUUGGGAACUAGGGAGAGCAAAUUGGAACGUAGCUUUACUACGGGUAAACCACGCCGCCCAAAACGAUCCAAAGACAGGCCUUGUAGUGUGGGAGAUCUUGAGUCUGUCCCAGCUAGCUUUGUUAAUGGUAGUGAGGUAGGAUCAGGAGUCAACUGUAAACCCAGAGACUUAUCAUUGACAUCAAGGAUUGCAAGAUUUCUACAGGGAGGUAACUCUGACAAUUCCAAUCUCCAACAAGAGGCAGGACCCUCACAGCAAAGCAGCACAGUUGGUCUAGACUGGCUCUUCAGUACUGAUAGCGACUCGCUUAGUUCUGAUGGACGGGAGAGUCCUCAUUAUGAUAACAAGAUGUGGUCAGACUCAUCCAGCACGAUGACAAAUGAAGGGGACACAACUACUGUGGAAACGACCAGCCCUGACCUGCCAAUUAACUACACGCCCCUCCCAGACAAUGGCAUCGUCACCACCCCAUCCACACCAAGUCCAGAUGAACUCGAAGCUAUGAGGAGGCAGGGCGCUAUCCCCAAAAAGUACCCCACCCGCCCACUUCCUGCGCUUCCAGCACCACCAAUACCAUCGACUGUACCAAUACAACCACCCACUGAAGAUGAACCUACACCUAGUGCAGCUACUCCUUCCUCUGGAGAACUCUCCGAUCCAGAAGAUUUCCGUCGCAAGAUUUUAGAGAUCCUGAGUGAAUCAUCAGACAAUCCUGAACAGAUAAAGAAACUGAUCAAUGUUGUUAUCACCCAGGCUACAGAGAGACGUGGCAGUAGAGGCACAGAUAGCCUCAGUGGGGACAGACACAAAAGAGACAAGGAAAAGCAGGGUCCACAUACCACUACUCCUAGCGCCCCACCUCCACUGACUGAGGACCAGGAGGCUCACUCAUCCAAGUCUGCCACACCUACUGAGGUGUCUGCUCUCCUUCCAUUUACCAACCAGGUUUCCACUGGCUCUCGUAGUGGUCGCAAUGUGAAAAGACGACGAGUAGACAGGACCAAGUCAAAGGGUCGUCACCGCCACAACACACCGCCACAAUUGUCAGAAUCAAGUGGCAAUCAAAGUGUCCACAUGGCUGCCUCACAUGAUGACACGACUGAGGGAGCUGUUCACUGGUUUCAGGAUGACCAAGGUAACUGGUUGUCGUACACAUUUGGGGAAAACAGCAGUGGUGUGGCCUUCAACACCAACGAGACUGUGGAUGCCUCAGUACCGUGGUCAGAGAAGAGCUGGAGCCUUAGUGGCUCGGAUUCUACAGUGAUAUUGGACUCACCUAAACCUGAGAACAAUAAGGAUGAACCCAGCCUGUUGGACCCAAAUGGGCAGGUUGUCAUCAACUUUGUGAACCUUCCUGGUUUAGUGGAGUCCCAUAUAGGAUUACAUAAUCGCCAUGCACGCAUUCCGUCAGGCUGUCCAACAGGAAGUUCCUCAGACUCUGAUCUCCAAGACUCGGCAUCUCGAGAUGGAAAACCAAAACCCUUCUACAAAUUCAAAUACGUACCUUAUCUGACAAAAUACAUUAAGGUCCAUUUUGAUAGACUGGCAUUGUUAGCUUUAUUAGAUAGGAAUUUAACAACUAUAGAGAAUAUUGUAGCUGUGAUAAUAUCAGUGGCUGUGGCCGCCCUGGGAGCCCUAGUCCUCAGCAGUAACUUCUACCACGACUUGUCCGUGUUCCUCUUCUGUUUUAUUAUUGCCAGUUGUCAAUAUUCACUAGUAAAGAGUGUCCAGCCUGAUGCAGCAUCACCCAUGCAUGGAUACAACCGUAUUGUGGUGUUCAGCCGUCCAUUUUACUUCUGUGUGUGCUGUGGCCUUAUGCUGUUACUGGACCAUGCCCGGCGACUUGUUCCCACCACUCCAACCUAUGUCUAUGGAGUGCCAUUUACUGUUGCGUCCUGUCUCAUCUUCGCCAGGGACUUUCUUCAAAUGUUUAUCCUGUGUUUCCCACUCAUAUUUACACUGGGCCUCCUGCCACAAGUGAACACCUUCAUGAUGUACCUGUUGGAGCAGAUUGACAUGCAUGUGUUUGGUGGUAAUGCUACUGUGAGUUUGGGGGCGUCAGUCUACUGUAUGGUACGGAGUGUUCUUGCUGUCACCUUUCUAUAUGGAGUAUGCUUCUUUGCCAUUGAAGUUGGAGCUGGAACAGGACAGCGUGCAUGUGAUGACAAGGACCUGUCUCAGAAUGUUUUGUUUUCAAUCUUUUCUGCACUGCUGGUUGCUGUAUCUUACCACCUUAGUAGAAGUGCUAGUGAUCCGUCUGUUUUGUGGAUGCUGGUGCGAGAUCUCAUGUUUACGGAGAAGAAAACUGAAGGAGAGGAUGGGGACCUCAUAGACCCACUUCCUGAAAAACUUAAGAAAUGUGUGAGUGAGCGUCUACAGUCAGAUCUACUGGUUGUACUAGUCAUCCUGGUCAUUGGGUUUGCUGUCCACCUCAGUACAGUCUUCAGCAGUCCAGAUUUACAGCCCCUGCUGAGUGAUAUCCUGUACUACAUCGCGGCCAGUGUCGGCUUCCUUACACACUACAUCAUUCCUAUGCUGCGAAAGGAGAUGCCCUGGCUCUGCUGCUCUCACCCUGCCCUCGCUUCCCGAGAGAGGAACAUGUUCGAGGUGGAAGGUGCUCCAAAGAUAAUGCUGUUUGAGCGAUUCUAUGUGUGGCUGCGUUUCUUUGAGCGUAAUGCCAUGUACCCUGUUGUCUUUCUAUGUGCCUUGACCCGGUCAACACCUCAGAUUGUCUGCAAGUUUGGAAUAUAUGUGGGGCCACUCAUCAUUGCCAUAUGUGCCCUGAAGUUGCUGAGGUUUUCGUUUUCCGACACACCAAAACAAUACCUUAUAAUCACAUUCACUGUGUUUUUCUUCAAAUAUGACUACAGACAUUCAUCAGAAACAUUCCUCAUCGAUUAUUUUUUCAUAUCCAUUAUUUUUUGUAAGUUCUGUGAUUUGAUGUUGAAGAUGAAGUUUAUCAUCACAUAUAUAGCUCCAUGGCAGAUCACCUGGGGCUCAGCUUUCCAUGCGUUCGCUCAACCAUUCAGUGUUCCUCAUUCUGCCAUGCUUUUUUUACAAGCAGCGGUCUCUUCAUUUUUUUCCACUCCAUUGAAUCCUUUCCUAGGAAGUGCUAUUUUCAUUACAUCAUAUAUUCGUCCAGUUAAAUUUUGGGAGAAAGAUUACAACACCAAACGGGUAGACAACACAACCACCCGGCUCUCAUCACAGUUAGAGAGGAAUCCAGGUGCAGAUGAUAACAACCUAAAUUCCAUUUUCUAUGAGCACCUAACUCGGUCGCUACAGCACAGUCUGUGUGGGGACCUUAUGUUGGGACGCUGGGGCAAUGCUGAACAGGGCGACUGUUUUAUUAUGGCAUCUGACUACCUCAAUGCACUUGUACACAUCAUAGAGAUGGGCAAUGGGCUUGUCACCUUCCAGCUCAGAGGACUGGAGUUCAGGGGAACAUACUGCCAACAGAGAGAAGUGGAGGCCAUCACAGAGGGAGUGGAGGAUAAUGAAGGUUUUUGUUGUUGUGAGCCGGGCCACUUACCUCAUUUUCUGUCGCUGAAUGCAGCCUUUCAACAGCGGUGGCUGGCGUGGGAAGUGGUUGUCACCAAGUAUGUCCUGGAGGGCUACAGCAUCUCCGAUAUCAGCGCCGCGUCCAUGGCCCAGGGUUAUGACACCCGAAAGAUGCUUAUCUCUUACUACAUCAUGAGUAUUAUUUACUAUAUGGUGCGUUCACCACGACUGGAAACCUGGCUCCAGAUGGAGGCUCUUGUAGAUGCUAUGAGGGUGACAACAGAUGAUAAGUAUGUUGAUGUGGACCCAACCUUUGUUCUCCUCAUUGAUGAAGAUUACGAUCCCAAACUCAAGGGUAUCUCCCGUGAUAAAUUCUGCAGCAUUUAUCUGGACUGGAUCAACUACUGUGUCAGCCGCAGAGACAAGUCCCUCGACACUGCCAAAGAUUCCAUGCUGGUUUCCCUGUGUUUUGCCUUAAGUCUGCUGGGCAGACGGGCACUGGGAACUGCUACACACAACACAGCCUCGUCCAGUAUGGACUUCUUCCUGCAUGGACUACAUGCACUGUUCAAGGGUGACUUCCGUAUCACAUCGCCUCGGGAUGAAUGGGUGUUUGCCGAUAUGGAGCUGCUAAGGAGAGUUGUUGCCCCUGCCAUCAGGAUGGCCCUCAAACUUCACCAGGAUUACUUCCUGUUCACGGAUGAAUACGAAGAUAAACCCACACUGUACUCGGCCAUCAGUAACUAUGAACAGAAUCUAGUCAUCUGUCAUGAGGCAGACCCCAAGUGGAGGAAUGCUGUCCUGUCAAACAUGCCCUCACUGCUGGCUUUCAGACAUGUGUUUGAUGAAGGAUUGGAUGAGUACAAGGUCAUCAUGCUCAACAAGAAGUAUCUCACCUUCAGGGUGGUCAAGGUCAACCGGGAGUGUGUUCGUGGUUUGUGGGCGGGCCAGCAACAGGAACUCAUCUUCCUAAGAAACAGAAAUCCUGAGCGAGGCAGCAUCCAGAAUGCCAAACAGGCAUUGCGUAACAUGAUCAACUCUUCCUGUGACCAGCCCAUCGGCUAUCCUAUCUACGUGUCUCCUCUGACAACCUCCUACUCCUCCACUAACUCACCGCUAGCAUCCAUUAUUGGGGGAGAGUUUAUCCUUGCUAAUGUCAAGAGCUUCUUCCAAAACGUGUGGAAAAAAAUGAGGCGGCGGUGUGGAGCAACAUGUGCUGGUAGCAGUUCUGGGUACUCGGAAGACCUGCCCUACUCUCUCAGCUGUUCCCCUGCAGGAGCAGCCACAGCCCUCGGCAGUAUGGGUCCAAACUCACGCUCCAACUGCUCGACUUCCACUCCUACGAAUCAGGAGCUUGCCCUACAGACUUUUGGGAACAGAGGAAGUUUGAUCUCCACAACCAGCUCUGCCAGUAAACCCAGUGCUCUUGUUACUCUGGCAGGUUUUAUCAGCGAGACCACAGGGAGCAAGGAUCCUCUCCCACAGAAAGUCCGGAUCACGGACAUCACAAAAGUCUUCUACAACAUUAACCUUGGUCGUCGAAUAGAUGUCCAGUGGCCUAAUGAAGACUGGAAGCAAAACGGUGGCAAGUCAGGAUGGGCAGCCUGGUCACCUGUUGUGGGCAUGGAAGGCUGUGUUGUGCAUCGCUGGGAACCUUGUCAUAGAGAAACAAUGAAACGUUCACAUGUUGACAAGGUGAUACUGUUAGUGCAGAUCUCGGACAAGUAUGUACCUAUCGCUGAGGCUGGGGUGUUAGAUCUAGGGGCAGAGGUAUGACAUGAGGCGAGGUCAUCAUGGGUAUGACACAAUUACAUCAGACUACUAAUAUUGUAACAGGGACAUCUCAUCGCUGUUGUAGGAGCAUCUACGGUCGUCAUAGAGACACUAACACUGCUACAGUACUUGUCAUGUGGCUCUCCAUAGGUAGAAGUUUGUGUCAAAUUAUCCAUGGUUAUAUGACCAAAAGACUUUACAAAUGGCUGUCUUGAAUGUGCUGUGUAGUGACUCUCAUGUUGUGCAGCCAUUGGUCAGACGAUAUAUAUCAUAACACGUCAACCUUCCAAACAGUUCAAUGUUGUUUUAAUCAUCACUACAGCGUUGCAUUCCACAGAGAUGUGAUGACAUGAAAGGCAUGUCCAACACAAUACAGACAAGUAACUGUUACAUCUCCCAGCCAGCAGAACAGCUUGGAUAACGGAGAUCUCAGGUGGUUCAGCUGUGAAACACAGUUGAACAAGUGGAAAGUGUGAGGAUUGUGUGAGACAGGGAGGUAACUAUGGAUUAGUUAAACCUCUGUAUUUAUCUGUGAUUAUUUGGAAGGUCUUUACUUGUGAUGAACUUCAGCUUCAGCAUGGUGAAAUGACAUUGGUUAACGAUACCUGUCACAGGUCAAGUGAUCUGUGGUAGGCUACGGGUGUGAAACAGACACUUCUGCAGUUUAAAUGAAACUAUGUAAAAGAAUAAUUUCUAAAAGAAACAAAUGUAUAAUUCCAGCCAAAACCAACUAACUGAGCUCUCAGCAGCUCACAUCUCCUCAGGAAACAAAGUAUACACAUCUAUCUAUAUAUCUGCUGAAUACAGUACAUGUAUACGGAGGCUAGUCUUUACAGAAGAGUCUAGACAACGGAACAUAGUACAUGUAUACGGAGGCUAGUCUUUACAGAAGAGUCUAGACAAUGGAACAUAGUACAUGUAUACGGAGGCUAGUCUUUACAGAAGAGUCAAGACAACGGAACAUAGUACAUGUAUACGGAGGCUAGUCUUUACAGAAGAGUCAAGACAAUGGAACACAGUACAUGUAUACGGAGGCUAGUCUUUACAGAAGAGUCAAGACAACGGAACAUAGUACAUGUAUACGGAGGCUAGUCUUUACAGAAGAGUCAAGACAAUGGAACACAGUACAUGUAUACGGAGGCUAGUCUUUACAGAAGAGUCAAGACAACGGAACAUAGUACAUGUAUACGGAGGCUAGUCUUUACAGAAGAGUCAAGACAAUGGAACAUAGUACAUGUAUACGGAGGCUAGUCUUUACAGAAGAGUCAAGACAAUGGAACAUAGUACAUGUAUACGGAGGCUAGUCUUUACAGAAGAGUCAAGACAAUGGAACAUAGUACAUGUAUACGGAGGCUAGUCUUUACAGAAGAGUCAAGACAAUGGAACAUAGUACAUGUAUACGGAGGCUAGUCUUUACAGAAGAGUCAAGACAAUGGAACAUAGUACAUGUAUACGGAGGCUAGUCUUUACAGAAGAGUCAAGACAAUGGAACAUAGUACAUGUAUACGGAGGCUAGUCUUUACAGAAGAGUCAAGACAAUGGAACAUAGUACAUGUAUACGGAGGCUAGUCUUUACAGAAGAGUCAAGACAAUGGAACAUAGUACAUGUAUACGGAGGCUAGUCUUUACAGAAGAGUCAAGACAAUGGAACAUAGUACAUGUAUACGGAGGCUAGUCUUUACAGAAGAGUCAAGACAAUGGAACAUAGUACAUGUAUACGGAGGCUAGUCUUUACAGAAGAGUCAAGACAAUGGAACAUAGUACAUGUAUACGGAGGCUAGUCUUUACAGAAGAGUCAAGACAAUGGAACAUAGUACAUGUAUACGGAGGCUAGUCUUUACAGAAGAGUCAAGACAAUGGAACAUAGUACAUGUAUACGGAGGCUAGUCUUUACAGAAGAGUCAAGACAAUGGAACAUAGUACAUGUAUACGGAGGCUAGUCUUUACAGAAGAGUCAAGACAAUGGAACAUAGUACAUGUAUACGGAGGCUAGUCUUUACAGAAGAGUCAAGACAAUGGAACAUAGUACAUGUAUACGGAGGCUAGUCUUUACAGAAGAGUCAAGACAAUGGAACAUAGUACAUGUAUACGGAGGCUAGUCUUUACAGAAGAGUCAAGACAAUGGAACAUAGUACAUGUAUACGGAGGCUAGUCUUUACAGAAGAGUCAAGACAAUGGAACAUAGUACAUGUAUACGGAGGCUAGUCUUUACAGAAGAGUCAAGACAAUGGAACAUAGUACAUGUAUACGGAGGCUAGUCUUUACAGAAGAGUCAAGACAAUGGAACAUAGUACAUGUAUACGGAGGCUAGUCUUUACAGAAGAGUCUAGACAACGGAACAUAGUACAUGUAUACGGAGGCUAGUCUUUACAGAAGAUUCUAGACAACCUUGAUAAAAACAAGGUAUUCUGAACAACCUUGAGUAAGUCCAGACACUUCUGGACACUGGAAAAUUAUAUUCAUUCAACAUCAAUCGGUUUGCAAUCUUCUUUAAACUGUUUAUUGCCUAAGUUUUUUGAUGUAAAACUGCUCAAAACUGUAAUCUGCUAAAUGUAACAUAUAUAUUUUAUUCCUAAUUUUUGUAUUAAUACAAAAAAUGCUGACUGCUUUCAUUUUAUGUUCAGCUUAAAAUUUACAUUAUUGAUUUUAAAAUAUUUUUUGAAGUUAUUUGUGCUCUGUUCACAAUUUGCUGUGUAUAAAUGUGAAAAAGAAAAAUGCUUUACGAUUGGAACAAUCAGUUUUCACUGACAUACAUUGUCAUACUGCGGCAUAACGUUGAACAGGAAUGGAACAAUGCAUAUCAAAUUUGAGACAGGGGAAGCUGGUCUUCCUGUUAUAGAAGUGUCGUCCAGUGAAAAUUAUAUCUAUGUGCAAGUAAUAUAUAACUAUGUAAUCACAAAGCCAUAAAAUAAUGUCAUUGCUUCAUGAUAUACCGUUAUUACAAUGAAAAAUUUCAAUCAUUAAUGUAGAAUUUGCAUGAAAUAUUUUGAUUAAUUUUUGUCACAUGGUAUGAAAAUUUAUUUAGAAUGAGGUUAAUUGAAAUUGUCACAUUAGAAUUGACAAGAUAGUAUCGGUGUGUUGUGUAACAGUUGAUCUGUAACAUUCCCAUGCUUAGAGCAUCGAGUCUAGGAAGACUCGGCCUGAUCAUGUGACAGAAAUCUUGUGAUAAUUCUAUGUGUGCUGCUACAUCUAUAUCAGUGGACCUAUUUUGUUUACAUGUUAGAUAUUGAAUAUUUCUCUUAUGUAAUGGCAUUUUUAGAGUACAAUUUCUAAUAAUUCAGUCCUCAAGUUGAGAAAUGAAUUUAUAAUAUCCCACCAUUUUAAUAAAAUAACCCCACUACAAAUAUGUUAUCUUUUUAGAUUAUGAAAGCAAAUAACUUUUUAGAUUAUGAAAGCAAAUGAAUAUUGUUGUUAUAAAAGAUUGUAUUAUAGUCCAUACAAGUUCAGAUUAUGAUAAAAAAAUAAAUCAAUAAUUGAUCAAUGACCAGCUUAAUGGAAAGUUCAUCUGAAAUAAUAACCAAAAUCACAUGUAUUAGGAUUUCAGAUGCUCAGCUUAUGACAAGAAAGGCAAAUAUAUAUUUUAUUUAAUUUUCUAGACAUUCAACAAUAUAUAUUUUUGAAAAUUUGAAUCUUUCAAAAAUUUCAGUUUAUGCUAUAUAAGCUUAUUAGGUUGUCGGAUUAAGGAAUUGUCAGUAAGUAGUAAUACCUUUUUGUGUGGGGGGGGAUCGGGAUUACCCCGGUUUAACAAGGUACCAGAGUGUACAUAUUAGGCUUAAAUGAAUCAUUCCCUGAAGGCAUUAAUUUCCUGCACAUAACAUACACUUUUUUAAGUAAAGAUUUUAACGACCAAAGCAAGACUUUUUUUAUGUAGAUUGAUACUAUAUAUAUAUAUAGAUAAUGCUGGCAAGACUCCACAGUGUUCUUAGUGGUAGUCGUAGGAAAUCCAUGUCAACCCAUUGAUGUUUUAAACUUCAAAAAACUUAUAUACAAAAUGUAUGUUAAGUUCUUAUGAAUAUUAUAAUUGUUUUAGUGCUUGAAAGUGCUGUGGAACUGGUUACUAGCGAUAGUGUUUGUUUUAGAGUGGUAUUUACUGUAGGUCCAAAGACAAUAUAUACCUCUUCUUGAAUGUCCCAAUUACAUUUCCUGGAUGACAGGAUUCUAUAACCAGAUUAUCUGUGUCUGUCUCUGCUAUGUUACUUUUUGUAUCUGCUUAAAAUUAGCUGAGACAUUGCCUGCUAGGUGGUUGUGUGACGUAACUAAAGUGACUGAAGUCUCCCAACCAUAUCAUUGUAUAGACACAAUGCUUGCCAGCCCGUUUCACGUUGGUGCUGGGAGGUAACAGUUUGUAUGUCAGUUGUUUGCUGGUGUUUCACAUAUUAUGUAUAUAUAUAAACCGGGAAUAUGGGUCUGUGCAAUUCAAAGUAUACCGGUCAAUAUGUCCACAUGUAAAUGUAACAGGUAUCACCAUUCACAAAGCUGCAAUUAAGUAGGUAUGGGAGAGGCCUGACCUUUGAACUUGUGCAGAAUUGUUUUUAAGUAUAGGGAAGAGAACAGAAAAAUGUCUCGGCAGCUCAACAAAAAUAUUCAUAUUGUGCAUUGUCCACCAUUUCCAUGACAUUCAAAUCACAUGGAAGUUAUUAAAUCCUUUAUAACAAUCCAUGACUAGAUUGCACUUAAACUUCAUGUAGGGAAUACUUUGCUUGGAGUUAGAUAUAUUCAUAUAAGGAUCUCUGCAUUCAUUUGCAAAUAUUUAUUUAUGCUUGCUUCCGAAGAUAUUGGUUUGGUUUAAAGUAUUUAACUGGUAGUUGGUUGUUAUAGAAUUCAAAGCAUUACAAAAUGAUCUUGUAUGUUCUAAACUUGGCAAAGUUAUGAGUAGCAAUCAAUUAUUUUCAGGAAAUGUUCUGGCAAUAUAACCUACCUACAUAAAUAAUUUGCUAUGGUUGCCAUGAUUCGUACACAUAUAGGGUCAGAUUUGGGGUUUUGUCCAUCCUAAUUUCUUCAAUAAAUCAUCAAUAAAACAUGGUGUACAACAAAUCUAAGCCUAUGAUCAUUUUCUGCUGUAUUUUUUUCAAAUUGAGUGAACUGUAUAUUUAUUUAUGAUUGUAACAGCUAGAAAUAAAUUAUGUUAGCUUAGAUAGGCAGAAUGCUCUCGUCACAACCAAUGAAUAGGUGCCGGGGGUGACGUACGUGUCAGUUCUGUCUGUGUUUAAAUGUCAAUGUCUCUCAUUUUUCAUUAUAUUUGUCUAGUACUGCAUAACCAUGAAAUCAUUGUACCUCAAAGAACUAUGUUACAAGAUUUGCCAGUCAACAUUAUUUGUAAUAAAUACACUGUAUAGGAAAUAUAUUGCUGACUGUAAACAUUAGAAACUGGUUUUGAGGAUAAUUUAUACUCCCAAGCUUGGUUAACGAGGCAUCAUCGUUAACAGCCGUGAUGUUUUAUUUGUAUGUAUGCUGUUCUUUGUUACAAAUACCAGUGGGUUGAAUUUUAGAAAUUAUUGCAAUGAUGGUAUUUUAAUGGUGAUUUUUGUUUCCAUAUUGUGUUACCAUAGGUAACUUUAGAAAGUGUAAUGGUUUAAAUUGUGUCAAAUGCACACUUAAGUCAGCAAGUGUCUUUUUAAUUUACGAGUAUGAGUGCAUAUGUGAAAAUCUGCAGGAUGUUUUAAUAUACAAUAGCCAUUAAUUAUACGUGUAAUAAUGUGAUAAUAGAAGUAUGUAAUCGUGUACCAGUGAUUGGAAGGGUGUGUCUAGCGAGUGGAGGGACUGAAUGAUAACAGUUGUGUAGAUAUUAUGUCACGAGGAUGUCUAUAUAUUGAUGGAUGUAAAACAUCGAUAAAAUAAAUUUAACAGAAUUACCAAUCUAGUUAACUUCUUUAGCUUGUUACUAAAAAAACUGCCAGGCCCUGAGUAGUGGGAGUAGUUGAUGCGGGGGAACACUGCAUCACUUUGACCUCCCCAGUUGUAGCUUGUUGCCUAUGGGGAAACACUGCUUUAUCUUGACCUCAAAAGUAGUUCUGGCUUGCUACUCUCGAAACACACUGCAUCACCUUGACUAAAAUAGUAGUUCUGAUUUUUUAUUUGAGAAAAAAUGAUUAUAUUUACCUCCCUAGUAAUUGUCAAUACUUAAACUUGCAUUGACAACCACUGAGCUAUGGUCCCAUGCCUACUUCAGGUUAGAUUUCAUUUUAUCCAACAGUGAAUGUUUGUUAUCACUAUUCCUAAGAAAAUAUGCGAGGGAUCUUAAUCAAAUUUCAUAUGUAUGUUCCCCUUUACACGUUGUUGUGCAU